UUUUUAUUUACAAUGAUUUUGUCUUUCUUUGCUGGGUUAGACCUUUAAUCUAGAAAAAUAUUUUGGUCUCUAGAUUAAUUCAACUUCUGGGAUUCGGUGAUUAAAUUUUAAUAGCCAUUUUUAAUAAUACUUGGUAUCAAACAUGCAGGAAUUGGAUAAACAUGGUGAAGCAAUUAUGUCGAGUCAGGGUAAUACAUUUAUCAAAGGUGGACCAAGUCAAUAUAUUAAACUUAACGUUGGAGGUUCUCUGUUCCAGACAACAAUUGGUACUUUGACAAAAGCUGAUAGUAUGCUGAGAGCCAUGUUCUCUGGUCGACUGGGUAUUCACACUGAUUCAGAAGGAUGGGUCUUGAUCGAUAGAAGUGGCAAGCAAUUCGGUACUAUUUUAAAUUUCCUUCGAGAUGGAUCAGUUCCCUUACCUGAUAAUGCUCGAGAGAUUCAAGAAUUAUUGGCUGAAGCCAAAUACUACCUCAUACAAGAGUUGAUCGAUUCUUGUGAAUCUAUGCUAGCAAGAUCUAAAGAAAGUAAUCGUACAGAACCAAUUUGUCGCGUUCCAUUGAUAACUUCAUCCAAAGAGGAAGCUAUGUUAAUCAAUAACUCAACAAAACCUGUUGUCAAGUUAUUAAUCAACCGUCAUAAUAACAAGUAUUCUUAUACAAGCACCUCAGAUGACAAUUUCUUGAAAAAUUUAGAACUCUUUGACAAAUUAUGUUUGAGAUUUAGUGGAAGAGUCCUUUUCAUAAAAGACGUCAUCGGUACCAGCGAAAUCUGUUGCUGGUCAUUUUUUGGACAUGGCAAAAAAGUGGCUGAAGUCUGUUGCCAUUCAAUAUUGUAUGCACCUGAUAGAAAACAUACAAAGGUCGAAUUCCCUGAAGCCCGAAUCUACGAGGAAACUUUAAAUGUACUAAUGUACGAGAAUCUUUCUGUACCUGAUAUGGAGCUAAUGCAGGCUACAAGUAGUCGCGGCGCUGUUUCAAUGAACUAUACUAGUGACGACGAAGAGGAGGUUGCUCGUAAAUCAUCUGUACCUUUUAGAGAUCAAGCCAAAGAUCAUCUUAGCAAAUUACGAACUAAACCAUGAAUUGUUUAUCAUGUAAACAAUAAUCAUUCAAAAUAGCGUUGAUGCCAAACACCAUUUGUUUGUUUGUUUUUUUUGGCUUACAGACUUGUGGUAUUUUUCUGAUUGACCUUUCACAAUUAGAUUCCCUUUCACCAUUUUAUCUUUAAUUUCACUGACACGGUUCAAAAAAUUGAAUAUAUACUUUAUAGUAUCUAUUUUCAAUCUAAUUUUAAUUCGAUUAAGUUAAUUUGCAUUCCUUAUAUGAUCAAAAAGGUUGCUUGAUUGACUUGAUUUAAACGGAUAAAUUGAUGCACGAUGUAAGCGUUUUUACGUUUCUGGAUAAAUGACAAUGUCUUUCACCAUAUCUGCUUGUUUGAUUUGUCCCUAUUCACCUACAAAAUAGGCAAUUUGAUAAUUUAAACAAUUACCAGCAAUAUCUAUGAAAAUAGUUGUGUACACAAAAUCUUGAAACUUGUUAUAAAUUUUGAAUGACAAUUUAACUUGAUUUUAGGUUGAGCCCAAAUAUAUGUGUAUUGAUUCAAACAUAAUGAACAUUGUUAUACCAAAGAGUUAAUCAAGUACCGAUAAAAAUUGUAAGUAAAAUGUCCAACUUUAAUUUAUUUGAUUACAA